AUGGAUGAUUCCACAUAUCCAUGGCCUUCAAAAGCGACCUUUAUCACAGACCUCCUCUUUGGUUCGACGCGCCUGCGAUUUUCAGAGGCACAGAAAAAAGCUGUGCUUAGUUGGGCGCGCGAAAUGGGCGCUCAAAAUGUGCCUACCUUGUAUGCGCUUUGCAAAGCUCAAGAUCAUGUUCGUAGCUGCAUCGGAAAUCCAACUCGCAAGGUUACAGCAUCUUCCGGUAACAUCUUUUAUAUAAACUCAAUUGGCUCCGCAAUCGCUAUGGACUAUUCCAACCCUCUCACUCGCUUCUGCAUGCAGGACUAUCCUGAAGAUGGGAGAGGGAAUAUGUCUCAAGUGCACCACGGAUCGAAGAUGCUGCAUGAGCUUCCCGAAGAACUACUUGUCCCAUCUGUUCGCGUCAACGGCGGUAUCUACUUCCGGAAUGAGCUGCUUCAGUCGACAACUGGAUUCUUUAUUCCUACGCGUUUCUUUCAAGCCAAUAUUCCUAGUUGCGAUGCUGAGCAAGCAUCAUUGCAGGUCCUUGCAUUGGGACAUCCAGUUGUACAGACAGAGGCAGGUUUUGCAGUAGAUCCUGAGCGCAUCAUAUUGGAAGUUUCGUCGUUUCAGCGCACCUACAUAGACUUGCAGGCUGACGUUCAUUUGUGCGGGUUUACAUCGACAUCGCAGCCCUUCGCUGCAAAAAUGCCCAACCCCCUGCGCAAAAAGUCAAAUGGUCGACUCGUCCUCACUGUUCCCCUAAUAAUCUUCAUGGACGAUGUCUCUGGGAAUGUGUCGAAGCAGUGGAACAAACACCACGCGGUGUACAUGUCUAAUGCCUCCAUGCCGCGCGAGAUGCUUGAAAAGGAAUUCUGUGUUCGUUUUGUGUCAUCCUCGCCGCAUGCUUCACCCAUGGAGAUCGCCAAAGCCGUCAAAGAAUCAAUCGAGGCUGCCGCGGAUGAGGGCAUUGUUGCGUACGACUGCAAAUACAAAGAUGAGGUGAUGCUCAUCCCCUAUGGCCUAUUUGACGCAGGAGAUAACCCCAUGCAGGCGGAAGAGUGUAGCCACGGCGGUUUACACUGCAAUUACUUCUGUCGCACAUGCAAAGUAGGAGGUACGACGUCUGUGAAACAGUCUGAUGAAGGGUAUCUUAAAUUAUUCGAGAUUGGAGAGCUUCGUCGACCAGAAGAAACAAUUCAGCAGAUUCUCGAGCAGAUCGAGCUUUCAAAGUUGUCGGGUGGAACUACGAAAGUCCAGGCUGCUGUCUCGUCGACUGGCACCCGUGACACUACCUCCGCAUCAAUUGUGAACCGCCUCCUGGAACUUGGGAAGCGUCUGCGGAAACGAGAACCUGGGAAACCGGCGAUCAACGAACGAGAGGUCCGACAGACAUUGGAGAGGGAGUUUGAGAAAAUGCUGGGCGGUCUCCCCGUGGAAGAUCAUAUCAACCCUUUGCUUAGCAUGACAGGGCUCAACAUACAUCAAGACACGCCGACAGAGAUUCUCCAUACCAUUCUCCUUGGCGUUGUGAAGUAUUUUUGGGGUCAGACUAUCUGGAUCCUCGACAAAACGCACCUCGUCAAGAUAUUCCAAACCAGAUUGGACAAUAUCAACAAAGACGGCCUUAAUUCACCCACUCUUGGCGCAGAGUAUAUCUGUCGGUACAGCGGUAGCCUGAUCGGCAAACACUUUAAGAGUCUUGCUCAGAUCAUGCCUUUUCUUAUAUACGAUCUUGUUCCGUCUACUGUCCUGAAUGGAUGGACCGUCAUUGGACAGUUGGUGGUCUUGCUGUGGCAUACGAGAAUUGAUGAUGUUGAGGAAUAUCUGGCUUGUCUUACGCGUACUAUUGACGAUUUCCUCAAUAUCUCAGUUCAGUGCGCGCCUAGCAUCAUCCUCACCAAAUCAAAAUUCCAUUUUUUACUCCAUAUUCCGGCCUAUAUCCGAAGGUUUGGGCCACCUAUCUUGUUCUCAACUGAACGCUUCGAAUCCUUCAACCACGUCUUCCGACUCAGCUGCGUUCAUAGCAACCGUCAAGCUCCGAGUCGCGACUCAUGCAAUGCGUUUGCAUACAAUGAUAUUCUCAAGCAUGUCGCUACUGGGGGUUUUUGGAUGGAGUCGAAAAGCAAGCGGUGGGUGCACGCUGCUCCAGGUGUCCUCAACUAUAUUUCCGAUCACCCAGAGCAGCGGCACCUCUUGGGUGUUCCCACAGUGCACCAGAAUCAUCCAGGUGAGUUCGUUGCAACAUUUCCAACUUCAUUAAAGACCUCACCUGUCCCAUGGACAUCAACACGCUCAAGCAUGCUCCGGCCAGAGAUCAAGUCAUCAAACAAUGCCGUAUUUCAGGCGUCUUCGGUCAUUGCUGUGAACGGGGACAAGGUCGCCAUCGAAAAAUAUGCCAUUUUGCGUGGCAAUGGACAGCUGCCUGCUGAGAUGUCUAUCGGAAAGAUCGUCGAAAUCAUUGUUUCAGAAUCUAGCCCUCAUGUCGCAAGUCAUGUUGUUAUCCGGCCUCUUCAUUUUCUACCUGAUAUCCACCCCCAGUUGCGAUUACCUCAGUUGCAACUUGCUGAUGAAGAACACUUACUAUUGCCCUCGAACAUUUUGUCUGCUGUAAACGUACAGCAUGACUGCGCAUCAUCGAGCUGCGGCGAGUUUGUAUCUGUCAACAUACAACAAGAACGCACUGAGACGACAAAGACCAAGACAUCACUUGUGCAUAAA